AUGAACUGUAUGAAUGGAUGUAAAACUACGAGUCAUAAAGGAAAAUUUCAUUCUCUUUGAGUAUGUUCUCACAAGCAUAGUGGGUUUCAUUCAAACUUCCCAAAAGUGACGCUCCCGAUCACCCGCGGGGACUGCGGGGCUCAGCUUCUUUCUCAUCACACCUCCAGGCCAGCUUCCCCUUUACUUCUGGGAGGUCACCGUUUCUCCCGGCGCGUUCGUUUUUUUAUUCAUUUUCGUUUCUCGCUUGCGCUGGAAUCUUGAUCAUCGUCUUUUUUCCCUCUCUCUCUCUCUCUUCUUCUCUUCCCUCCUCUUCGCUUCACAACAUUCCCGCCCGCCAUGGCUGAUCUACAGGGCCGCAAGGUCUUCAAGGUCUUCAACCAGGACUUCGUCGUGAACGAGCAGUACAAUGUCACCAAGGAGCUAGGCCAGGGUGCCUACGGUAUCGUCUGUGCCGCAACAAACACUCAGACUGGCGAAGGAGUUGCCAUCAAGAAAGUCACCAACGUAUUCAGCAAAAAGAUCCUUGCCAAGCGAGCCCUGCGUGAGAUCAAGCUCCUCCAGCACUUCCGCGGUCAUCGCAAUAUUACCUGCCUAUACGAUAUGGAUAUUCCCCGCCCGGACCAAUUUAACGAGACAUAUCUUUACGAGGAAUUGAUGGAGUGUGACCUGGCGGCUAUCAUCCGUUCGGGCCAGCCUUUGACCGAUGCACACUUCCAAUCUUUCAUUUAUCAAAUCCUGUGCGGUCUGAAGUAUAUCCACUCGGCGAACGUACUGCACCGUGAUCUAAAGCCCGGUAACCUGCUCGUCAAUGCGGACUGCGAGCUCAAGAUCUGUGACUUUGGUCUGGCUCGUGGUUUCUCGAUUGAUCCGGAGGAGAAUGCUGGCUAUAUGACCGAGUAUGUUGCAACAAGAUGGUAUCGUGCACCCGAGAUCAUGUUAAGCUUCCAAAGCUACACCAAAGCAAUUGAUGUCUGGUCUGUCGGUUGUAUCCUUGCCGAGCUUCUUGGUGGACGUCCCUUCUUCAAGGGCCGUGACUACGUCGAUCAGCUGAACCAGAUCCUGCACUACCUGGGUACCCCCAACGAGGAGACCCUGGCACGUAUUGGAUCGCCCCGUGCCCAGGAAUACGUGCGCAACCUGCCCUUCAUGCCCAAGAUCCCAUUCCAGCGACUAUUCCCCAACGCCAACCCGGAUGCACUGGACCUGCUGGACCGCAUGCUUGCCUUCGACCCAUCUUCGCGUAUCUCCGUCGAGGAGGCCCUCGAGCACCCGUACCUGCACAUCUGGCACGAUGCCUCGGACGAGCCCACUUGCCCAACCACCUUCGACUUCACUUUCGAAGUCGUCGACGACGUCCCGGAGAUGCGCAAGAUGAUUCUCGAUGAGGUCAUCCGCUUCCGCGCUACCGUCCGCCAACAGUCCCAGGCCCACGCUGCCCAGCAGCAGCAGAUGGCCCAGCAGACCAACGUCCCCAUCCCCGAGAACCAGCAGGGUGGUUGGAAGACCGAGGAGCCUAAGCCUCAGGAGGCGGCCGCUGGCGGCGGGCACAUGAAUGACUUGGAGGCCUCGCUGCAGCGCGGCAUGGACUCUGUGCACCAUUGAUUUUGAUCUUCUUUCUCAUUGGCAUUGGACAUGGAAUCCCGAGGAAAAAAUUAGCCUCUUUUUGCCUUGUGUCUCUCUUCCACUUCCAUCCUCCUUUUCAUGCGUGCAAUGCGAUUUUUGCCCUCCCUCUCUUUCUGGCUCGACUGGAUCUGCCAAUAAUCAUGUGUUGAUUUACCCCUUUCUGCAUGUUGACAUAAUGAAUUAGCAAA